AUGCGCGUGGCUAAGGAAUUCACCCCGGAGGUGCUCCUCAGCGCCCCCCGCCGCGGCGCCGCCAUCCCGAGCCCCGCCGGCACCCUCAUCCUCUACACCCAGUCGACCCACAGCUUCGAGGACAAGAAGACGCUCAAGGAGGUCCGCGUCAUGGACGUCGAGACCGGCGCCUCCGAGCAGCUCACCGACGACGACAAGGUCCACGACCCACUGUGGGUGCCCGGCACCGCGAGCGAUGUUAUCUACUUGAAGUCGGGCGACAAGGGGACCACCCAGAUCUGGAUCGCCGACGGCGCCAACCCCGCCAAAGACCAUUACGUUGCCGCCGAGUACGACGCGCCCAUCAGCUCGCUCAAGGUCAAGGCCCUUGCGGAUGGCAGCGUUGCUUUUGUCGUUGCCGGACUGGUCGGGCCUGACGGCUCACUGUUCAACGACGAGGCCGAAGAGAAGGCGACCACGGGCCGCGUCUUUGACGAUCACCACGUGAGGUUUUGGAACACACUCUACAAGCCGUACAAGUACGCCCUCUGGUACUCGACCCUCAUCAAUGCACACGGCAAGUGGGGUGUCGCAGGGGAGCUGCAAAACGUCAUCAAGAACACCCGUCUCGAGGCCCCUUUUGGUAUGUACGGCGAGGCCGAACCGGGCGGCAGCUUCGACGUCAGCGAAAAGGGAAUCACCUUCAUCGCCGAGGACCUCGGCCUCUCGCCGGAAAACGCCGGCCUCUCGCACGUCUACUAUGUGCCUCUCCAGUCCUUCACGGCUGCCGCGAACGUCAAGCCACGGCCGAUCGUCAUGGGCAUCUCGGAGACCAAGGCCUUUUACACCAACGUGCGGUUCUCGCCAGACAGCUCCAAAAUCGCCUUCCUGCAGUCCUUGACCAGCGACUUCUCGGACGCCAGGAUGUACAUCGGGCACACCACGUCCUUUGGCGCGUACAACGUGCACAAGAUGGUCUUUGGCAAAGAGCCGAGUCUGCCUCCGCGAAGCUUCGAGUUUGCAGGAGACUCUGACGCCAUCUUUUUGUUGACCGAGGACUGCGGGCGUGUUAAGCUAUCACAUCUCGAGCUUCGGCACCACGCAGAGGCGGCGCCGCUGGUGCAGAGCGGCGUGGUCACGGCCUUUUACCCCCUUAAGGAGGCCAACUACAACAAGAUUCUUGUGACAAGCAACAGUAUUGUUGAUAGCAGCUUGUGGCAGGUCGUCGACGUCUCGCUGAACGAGGCGCCCAAGGUAGUGUCGUCGGCCACCCAGCACGGCGCCAAGUACGGCCUGUCCCAUCGCAUGCUCUCGGAGUUUUGGUACGAAGGCGAAAACGACACCGUCGUCCACUCAUUCAUCGUCAGACCAACCAACUUUGAUGAGACGAAAAAGUACCCCUGGGUCCUUUUACCCCACGGCGGGCCGGUGUCGUCUUGGCUAGAUUCCUGGUCGACGCGGUGGAACAUGGCCCUCUGGGCUCAAAAGGGCUACGUCCUCAUCGCUCCCAACAUCGCCGGCAGCACGGGCUACGGCGCCGAAUUUGCAGCCCGCGUUUACGGGUCCUGGGGCGGCGCGCCAUACCAGGACCUCGUCGCCCUGAUGGACCACCUCAAGCAGGUUCCCUACCUCGACCAAGACCGCGCCAUCGUCGCCGGCGCCUCGUACGGCGGGUACAUGAUCUCGUGGAUGAUGGGCCACGACCUGAUCCGGCGCUUUUCCUGCGCAAUUUGGCACGACGGCAUCUUCAACGUCCCCGUCUUCAUGAUACAGUCCGACUUCAUCGACGCUGGGCCGAAUUUUGUCGGUCCGCCAUUGGUCUGGAAAAACGCCGAGGAGAUGGAGCGGUGGAAUCCGGCGCGGCCGGAGCUGCUGCGGAACUGGAAACACGCGCCGCCGACGCUGGUGAUCCACAGCGAGAAGGAUUACAGGUGUCCCAUCACGGAGGGGAUCGCUGCGUACAACACGCUGCAGUGCCAGGGUGUCAAGAGCCGGUUUUUGACGUUCAGCGACGAGUGCCACUGGGUGCUGAACCCAGAGAACUCAAUCGUCUGGCACAAGACCGUGUUUGACUGGAUGGCGAAGUACGCUGGGGAGACGCAGGUUGUGAGGAGAGAGUGA